AAUCAGGACGCGGCUUGCUUUCUGCCGCGUGAGCCUGGAUCUUAACCCAGAGUCAAUACAGGGAGUGACGGGACUAUCCUCCGGAGCAUUAGCUCAGCUUUACCACGUUAAUAAUUCUUUUUUAUUUAAAAUAUCUCGACGGUGAACGAUGACCGGCUCCAACGAGUUUAAGCUGAACCAAGGACCUGAGGACAGCAUCUCCGCUGUGAAGUUCAGCCCCAACACCUCCCAGUUCCUCCUGGUCUCCUCCUGGGAUUCCUCCGUCCGUCUCUACGAUGUUGGUGGAAAUUCCUUGAGGAUGAAGUACCAGCAUACGGCCCCGGUCCUCGACUGCGCUUACUAUGAUCCGACUCACUCGUGGAGCGGAGGGCUGGACUGCCAGCUAAAGAUGCAUGAUUUAAACACAGACCAAGACACGAUCGUCGGAACACACGACUGUCCAAUUCGGUGUGUGGAGUAUUGCCCAGAGGUCAAUGUCAUGGUAACGGGCAGUUGGGACAUGAGCGUGAGGCUGUGGGAUCCUCGCACCCCGUGUAACGCUGGGACUUUCACUCAGCCUGACAAGGUGUACACGCUGUCCGUAGCCGGGGAUCGUCUGAUCGUGGGGACGGCGGGACGCAGAGUGCUGGUAUGGGACCUGAGAAACAUGGGAUACGUCCAGCAGAGACGAGAAUCCAGCCUGAAGUAUCAGACGCGCUGCAUACGAGCCUUUCCUAACAAACAGGGCUACGUGCUGAGCUCGAUCGAGGGCAGAGUAGCCGUGGAGUACCUGGACCCGAGUCCGGAAGUGCAGAAGAAGAAAUAUGCCUUUAAAUGUCACCGUUUGAAGGAGAACAGCAUCGAGCAGGUGUAUCCCGUCAACGCCAUCUCCUUCCACAGCAUCCACAACACCUUCGCCACAGGCGGCUCAGAUGGAUUUGUGAACAUCUGGGACCCGUUUAACAAGAAACGUCUGUGUCAGUUCCACCGUUACCCCACCAGCAUCGCCUCUCUGGCCUUCAGCAGCGACGGCUCUCUGCUGGCCAUCGCAUCCUCAUACAUGCAGGAAAUGGGCGACAUCUCGCACCCAGCCGACGCCAUCUUCAUCCGCCAGGUCACUGACGCAGAGACUAAGCCUAAGUCCACCUGAGGCUGUGUUCAGUUCCCCUGAUAAACAUCUGCUGGUAUCCAGUUGUUCAUGUGUCCUCUCUUGUUCUUUUCAUCUGUUUCUACACUUUCUUCUCUUCUUGUCUUUGUUCCUAAUAAUAUGGCCAAUGUUUGUGUUUCUUUUCUCUGUGCUGUUUUAUGUUUUUAUUCCUUUUUUUUCACAAAGUAAAUAAAUCCUAAUAAAUAUUCCUGUUUAAUAAAUAAAGUUGGCUUUGAUAGA